AUGUGGUACUUGGAUUGUAUCCUAACAGUUGGUCAGGCUCAUAAGUUUGCUUUGCUUGGAGCUUACAGACCUCAAGAGAAGGAGGAGAAGCUGGCUUUUCUUAGGGAUCUCAAAACGGUAUGUGAAAAUUGUUUUGAGUCAUUAUGCAUUAUUAGAGACUUCAACUUGGUGAGAAGCGAAGAAGAUUUUAGAGGGCAUGACCGAGACAGAGGUUUGAUGGAAGAGUUCAAUAAGCUGAUUUGCGACGCUGGUUUGGUUGAUUUACCUUUGAGAGGAUUAGCUUUUAUGUGGAUUAGAGGGGUAGAAGUAAUUCUUUCUCACGCAUUGACAGGGCUAUGA